AUGUCCAUCGUGAACGUCAUCCCUUCGCAGCUCAUCAAUCUCAUCAACUCGCAUAUACUCGAGAAUGCCGGCCUGGCCUGCUCAAACUGUCUACAACCUGCCCCAUCAGGCGCUACAUUGCUGAAAUGCUCGAAGUGCCAUCGCACCUCCUACUGUAAUUCCAGCUGUCAAGCCAAGAAUUGGAAGGAGCAUAAGCCACUAUGUGCCGGGAUUCAGGCUCUCAAUAACGCUGAGAAGAGAGAUUGGGAGAUGUGGGGCCGCACAGGAGAGCUGGAUCGAAAGCUGCUGUUCGAUAUCCACGGCGAUCGUCAAGUCCGAUGCACGACUCAAUUCCAGCUUCCAAACAAGUACUACGUUCAACAUGCUGUCAAAUGCGAAGGCUGUUGGCGUACCCCGUUCCAACAACCUGAGCGUCUAUCGUUUCACGCCUGUCCUCGUUGCGAGCUUGCCUGGUGGUGCUUGUCUGAAUGCAAGCCGGCUUUUGACAAGGAGCACACGCGUGCACAGUGCGAUGCGCUCUUUGACGCCUACAUCACCGAACGAUUCAAGAUCGACUACGCCAUCGCCCGCAAUCGUCAAAGCCGCCUCAUGCUCGAGUCAUCCCCGCGCUCGCGCCACAUACCUGUAACCCCAAUGACCGGCUGGGACCAAUAUUUUCGCCGAGCUUUUCCGGAGCAUGAAGAGAUUAUAACUCGCCUUGGGAACGAAUUCAAGAAGACCAAUAAAGACGCGACUCGCGCAGCCAUGAUAUUGUCGCGAGGGACGUUCUCCAUGCCUUUGACAAUCGCAGAGGCGCUGGAACGCGCGUACCCAGAUAUCGCGACCAAGACAUCGCUCUCCAUCCAUGUUCUUGGAUCUGAGAUACGCGAAGCACUCGGCAUGGGCGUGACUGAAGAGUUGCUGCACAUCUUCCCGAAAGUUCAGACCUUACGAAUGUACCACAUCGGCCCUCGAGCGCGUCCUCAACCUGAAUUCUUCCGUGAUGACAACAUCGCAUGCGUGUCCUGUCAGAAGCGCGGUCGCAGCCGCAUCCACCGCGCCUCAAGCAAGCUUUACCACGACUGCAAUUGGUCGAGGCCGAACAGUGCAUCGCGCGCUGACCUCGUGGUUGCAUUUAACUCAGGCAUGUCAAACGUCGAUGAAGCGGGAUGGGAAAAGACGCUCAACCUGAUCUUGGAUAAUGGGACGCCUGCCGUGUUCACGGCGUACUCGGAGAUGGAGUCUCGAGAUGAGGAGCUGCUGUUGCGCAAGCUCGGCGCCCGGUUCCUACUUCCUGCAACCGAGAACAAGUGGAAGGACGGUGAACCCAUUGUCAACGUAUACUGGGAGGCGUCUGAUGCCAAAUGA